AUGCUUUUUUUGUAUGUUUUAAUUCUUAACAUAAUUUCAUUAGUGAAUUCAUUUUUAUUACAAUAUGAAACAAGUUGCAAUUCAUCUCAAUUUAUGGAUCUUGAAAACUUAAUUGGUUCAUUCCAUCGAUAUGCACCUGACAAUGGUCAGCUAAUUGUACGUGAUAUGGGUUUGACUACUGGACAACAAAAACUACUAAAACUAUAUCAAAAUAUUGAAAUUGUCUCAUCAACAUAUCAACGAAAAGAAAAUAUUCCAAUAAUAAAUGUUAAAAAUGAAUUUUUUUUUGUAAAUAACACUCUUUUUAAUCAUUAUAAUCAUGGUAAAUAUAAUUAUAUUGAUUCAAUUCGAAAACAAUUCUAUCUUGCUAUUGUUAUUCCAUUUAUUCAAAAUCAAUUUAAUAAUUUAAUUCAUCAAUUAAAUUUUAAACAAAUUUAUUCACCAUGUCGAAAUCAAUUAAAUUCUAUUGAUCUAAUAUUAUAUCAUAAUGAAAAAAUAUUCUCACUAUUAGAUAAUCAAACUCAUCAAAUAAAUUAUCAAAAUAACUGUUUUAAAAAUAUUCGAAUUUUUGCUGCAGAUUUAUCGAAAGCAGAGAAUCAAUAUCCGAUUGGUAGUGCUGUUAUGUGGAAAAAAUUAUUUAUCGAUGAACAAUUUAGCAAUAUCUCAUUACGUUAUUAUGGUUAUACGCAUUUUUUUCUUAUGGAACCUGAUACACGACCAAUUCGUUCAUAUUGGGUAGAUGCCAUUGUUGAACAAAUAAUCAAUGGUCGAGAUAGAGAAUCAUAUAUUGCAACACAAUGGUGGAUGAUAGGAUCGAUUUAUCGUGGUUUUGAAUCAAUUGGACAACGUUUUCUUCAUAUAAAUGGAAAUGCAUUGUAUCAUUUAUCAUCAAGUUUUAUUCAAUUUCUUGAAUGUGUUCGAUAUGAAUAUCGAUUUAAUUCGAAAAAAUCAGUUGGCUAUGACCUUGAUUUAUUUUUAUAUUUAUUGAAGAAUAUAAAUAAAGGAAAAACAUUUUGGCACAAAUUUCAAUUUUCAGAUUUUAUUCAAAAUUGUUGGCAUUCAGGUUGUAAUGAAACAAAUGAAGAAUUUUUAUAUGAUAAUCCAAAUACUUAUCUUAUUCAUGGAAAUAAAAUUCAACAGAAAUCAUCAAAAAGUUUAUUUAAAAAUUUUGACAUGAUUAUCAUAUUAAUAAUUUGUGUUUUGUUUUUAUUAGUUAUUGUAAAACCAUAUAAAUAUGUUUAUUGGAAAUCAUUUCAUAAACGAAAUUUUUUAUUACGUAUUAUUUUUUAA